GGAAUAUCAACAAUAAAUAUUUUAGUACCAAAAUAGAAAUAGGGAAAAAGGAUAAAUACAUUUUUGGAAUGGGCAAAAAGAAGAGAUUGAGCUCCAUGACUUGUUCUUGAACCCAAUUUUUACCUUUUUUUUUUUAGGGUUUCACUUUUCUCUUUCUUCUGAAAACUCUUCCAUAAACCCCAUCUUACACCUCUCCCACCCUUUCUAGAACAUUCAUCGAGGGGUGUUUAUCGUUUCCAUCAAAUCUAUCUUCACCAUUUCUCUGGGUUUUCUCAAAGGCGUUUUCUGGGCUAUCAGAUAACACCAAUCUAUCAUCAAAGGUCAGAACUUUCAUUAUUUGUAAGUGGGUUAUCUUUAUUUCUCUUUAGUAUUAUCUAUUUUUGUAUCGAAAUUCAUAAUUUAGAAUAUCCAAUUGCUCAAAUAAUUGUAAAGAUUGAAUCUUUUUGAUAAAAAUUGUCAGAAAUUCAGUGUUUUUUUUGUAUAAUUCUGGGAUAAUUUUGAAAUUGUAUGGGGAAGUCUGGGGGUAGGAGAAAGAAGGGGGCAGGAAACCAAGGUGUAGCUAGUGAUGCUGCUCCUAACAAUGCAAACAUUGCUAGUAAUGGUAACAUAGAUUUGGAUUCAGCUGUGUUUCUGAAAAGAGCUCAUGAGCUAAAAGAGGAAGGAAAUAAGAGAUUUCAGGCCAAAGAUUAUGUGGGUGCCCUUGAACAAUAUGAUAGUGCUAUUAAGCUAAUCCCCAAAACCCACCCUGAUAGGGCUGUGUUUCAUAGCAAUAGGGCUGCUUGUUUGAUGCAAAUGAGACCAAUUGAUUAUGACAGUGUCAUAUCUGAGUGCACUAUGGCCCUUCAGGUUCAGCCUCGGUUUGUUCGGGCUCUUCUGCGAAGGGCCCGAGCUUAUGAGGCUGUAGGGAAGUAUGAAAUGGCUAUGGCGGAUGUGCAAAUUCUUUUGGGUUCUGAUCCUAAUCAUGGGGAUGCUUUAGAUAUUGCCCGUAGGCUUCGGACGGCUCUUGGGCCUCGUCAGGAGGCUCAACAGGAUCUCCAGAGCCGCCCAUCGCCUGCUGCUCUUGGGGCUUCUGCGGUUAGAGGUGCACCUAUUGCUGGCCUUGGCCCGUGUUUGCCUGCUAGGACUCCACCUAAGAAGGGUGCAGGGGUUGGUGGGGGAACCAACAGUGCAUCGAGUAACAAGAAUGAAAAGCCACAAAUUGCAGCAACAGAAAAUGGUCCUGAUGUCAAAACACAAAUGCCAAAGGUUGUUUUGAAACCUGCAACUGGUUCUUUUAAGUCCAAUGAUAAGCAAUUGAAGGGUAGUUUAAAGGAGCAAGCACCUGCAUCAUCCACUUCCAUGUCUGCUCCCAGGCCAUCUCAAUUGGCCGCUAUUCAAUGGAGGCAAUUGAAGCUUGUGUAUGAUCAUGAUAUAAGACUAGCCCAAAUGCCAGUGAAUUGCAGCUUCAGAGUUUUAAGGGAGAUAGUGGGGCAACGAUUUCCAUCAUCAAAAUCUGUUUUGAUCAAGUACAAAGAUUCCGAUGGUGAUUUGGUGACUAUAACUUGUACCAGUGAGCUAAAGUUGGCUGAAGCUUAUGUGGACAACCUUGUACCUAAAGAUCCAGAAAGUGAUAAGUUAGAGUCAUUUGGAAUGUUAAGAUUGCAUAUUGUAGAAGUGAACCCUGAACAAGAACCAUCAAUAGUAGAAGAAGAAGAAGAAGAAGAAGAAGAAGAAGAAGAAGAAGAGGAGAAGCCAAUGGACAGCGAGGAAAUCAAGGGAGAUAAUGGCUCUCACUCUUCGCUUGGUGAUUGUGGAGUGGAUUCCAUCGGGACUGAGGCUGACAAAGCUGAUGACAAAACAUCGAUAGAAACCCAUAAAGGAAAGCCAGAGGUUGAAGAUGGAGAAUGUAAGGAGGUGGAGAUGGAUGAUUGGUUGUUUGAGUUUGCUCAGCUUUUCCGAAACAAUGUUGGCAUUGAUCCUGAUGCUCAUGUUGAUCUGCAUGAGAUUGGAAUGGAACUGUGUUCUGAGGCUCUUGAAGAGACAGUCACAAGUGAAGAGGCACAACUUCUCUUUGAUAAGGCUGCUCUGAAGUUUCAGGAGGUUGCUGCAUUGGCUUUCUUUAACUGGGGAAAUGUUCAUAUGUGUGCUGCAAGGAAAAAGAUCCCGGUGGAUGAGAAUGCAUCUCAGGAGGUUAAGGCGGCACAGCUGCAGAAAGCAUACCACUGGGUUAAGGAAAAGUAUUCCUUAGCCAAGGAGAAGUAUGAGGAGGCACUUUCGAUCAAGCCAGACUUUUAUGAAGGGUUACUUGCUAUGGGGCAGCAGCAGUUUGAGAUGGCAAAGCUUCACUGGUCUUAUGCUCUGGCAAAGAAAGAAGAUCUUUCAAGCUGGGAUUCAACAGAGACAUUCAAACUCUUUGACAGUGCAGAGGAGAAGAUGAAAGCUGCUACUGAAAUGUGGGAAAAGUUAGAGGAGCAGAGAGCCAAUGAACUGAAAGACCCAAAUUCAAGUAAGGUGGAGGAGUUGCUAAAAAGGAGAAAGAAAUCAGGAAAUGAUGGCGAAUCCUCAGGUAAGAUUCCUAGUGAGCCUACUCCUGAGGAAUUGGCUGAGCAAGCAGUUGUAAUGAGAUCACAGAUUCAUCUCUUCUGGGGUAAUAUGCUAUUUGAGUGCUCUCAAAUUGAAUUUAGAUUGGGAGUUGCCAAUUGGAAAAAGAAUCUCGAUGCUGCUGUUGAACGUUUUAAGUUAGCAGGAGCUUCAGAAGCUGACAUUUCUACAGUUACAAGCAAUCAUUGCUCCAAUGGAGAUGCAGCUGGAGGAGAGGAGAAGAAAGAUGAUAAUGCAGUUGUGUCUUCUGGAACAGGUGUCCAAGUUGAGGCAACAUGAUUUAAGCGGAUAUAUUAUGAGCGUUCCAGUUUUCCAGGCAAGUCAGGAAUGUCACUAGCUUGAGAUCAUCACCUGGGUGUCCUAUAGAGCAAGGUAAAGACAGGGUAGAUUUCACCCCUUUUCAAAUGCAUAAUCCAGGGCCGAAUAUUGGUGCUCGGGUACUAAAGCAAGAGUAUAUGAUGGCUGUUGAUGGUUUUAGAAUAACAUGUGCUUAUGAUGUUUAUGUUACACGAAUAUAGCAUUUUUGUUAUCUUCAUAAGUUAAAACCUCUGAUUGAUAGAUCAUUUUUUUUUUUCCCUUCAUUUGUUUGGCUUGCUUAAACUUAAUAUUGAAUUUUUGAGUGCCAAACUUUUCAUAUCCGUAAUGUCUCAGUCUUUGGGUUUUAUGCUUA